AUUGAAAAUUGAGAGGCAAAGAAAUAUGUCUGCGCCCAUGCGAUAGACGUCCUAAGCGAGUUGACUCCGAACAAAGUGACAAUUCUGUCAAAAAGGAUGGAUUUAUUUAUUUAAAUUCUUUUGUAUUGGACCAACUGAGAAAAACUGUUAACAUGACCACAAUACGACUUCUUACAUGUGACGAUUUAUUCAAGUUCAACAAUGUAAACUUGGACCCUCUGACAGAGACUUAUGGUCUCCCAUUCUACAUGCAGUAUAUGGCUCAUUGGCCAGAGUACUUUCAGGUGGCUGAGUCACCCAAUGGAGAAAUCAUGGGUUACAUUAUGGGUAAAUCUGAAGGAAGAGCAGAUAACUGGCAUGGCCAUGUGACAGCCCUCACAGUAGCACCAGAAUACAGAAGACUGGGGUUGGCAGAAAAACUGAUGAAUAUUUUGGAAGAUGUUUCAGAGAAAAAGAUGUGUUACUUCGUGGACCUGUUUGUGCGGGUGUCUAAUAAGGUAGCAGUUGGAAUGUAUGAAAAGCUGGGAUACAGUGUAUACAGGCAGGUGAUAGAGUAUUAUUCUGGAGAAGUGGAUGAAGAUGCAUUUGACAUGAGGAAGGCACUGUCCAGAGAUGUCGAGAAGAAGUCAGUCAUUCCCAUUCCACAUCCUGUGCGUCCAGAAGAGCUUGACUGACCAUAGUCCCUAGUGAGCAGUGUUAAUAACUAACCUUACUUUGUAGUGGAUUUCUUU